UUAAUCUUUCAAUUCUUGCAAUUAAGUUAUGCACACAUCAAUCGGUAGUAAAGGAUAAAAACACCCCCCAAAAAAUCAACCACCAGUGUGAGUACAGCGACAUAUUUCUUAAAUCUGUAGUUCGCAAGUACAGCCUCUGGAGGUCAAUGGUGCGCUUUUAACCUACGCGGCGAAGUUCUUGCCGAAACCAACCCGCAGAAGAAAACGCCAACGGAGAGACAAGAGGAGGAAAAUGACAGGGCGCGCAAAAAGAAAACCCAGAUCCAGUCAGGAGGUAGGAACAGGCAAUGGGGAGUUGAAGAAAGCCCGUGCUGAUGAAUCCAAAGCAGUGCCACUGUCAGAGGUGGAAUCAGAGCAACGCGAUGAGAUGUUGCAACUUUACAAGCUUCAAAUGCCAGAAGAUCUGUACCACUUCUGGGACUUCUGCAAGGAACUUUGUCCGGAAAGCCCCAGAGGUGCACUGAAAGACACGCUGGGUUUGCAGCUGGUUGGUCCCUUUGACAUCCUGGCAGGAGCCCACAAAAAAUCAAAGAAUCCUCAGCCUAACUUCCACCUUCACUGGAGGUAUUUAUACGAUCCACCAGAGUUUCAGACCCUCCUUUUGGGGAGUGAAGACAGACAGCAUCACAUUGGCUACUACAGAGACACUCCAGACUCCCUCCCUGCGUUUGUGGGAGAAAAUGAAGCCAAGAAAGGCUGCACUAUCACACAGAUGGGGGACAACGUGUUUGCUGCUGUUCUUCUGAGUCUGCUGAGGAGGAGGAAAGAGAGAGGCAGCAAGAAAGCAGAGGGAAAGGCUUUGGAAAGCUUGGAGGCACAGCUGAGAGACCGGGCAGAAACUCUGGGCUUGUCUCUAGAGCAGAAGACUAAAGGCAUGAAGCAGAGGGACAAGAAGGUGGUCACUAAGACGUUCCACGGUGCUGGCAUCGUCGUUCCUGUAGACAAGAAUGAUGUAGGGUAUAGAGAACUACCAGAAACAGAUGCUGGUCUGAAGAAAAUUCUAAAGGCAAUCGUUGAAGCCCGGAAUGAUGAAGAGCGCAUCAAAGCCUUUGGACCUCUCCAGGAAAUGGUCACAUUUGUUCAGUUUGCCAAUGAUGAGUGUGACUACGGCAUGGGAUAUGAACUAGGACUGGACCUCUUCUGUUACGGAUCCCAUUAUUUCCACAAGGUUAUCAGGCAACUUCUGCCCAUGGCCUACAGCCUCCUAAAGAGGAAUUUGUUUGGGGAAAUUUUGGAGGCCCACCUCUCCAGCCGCAACCAGGACCACCUGGAUCAACUGUCCACAUUUUAAAAAGACUCAGAAGUUCACUCCAGCUCUAGCUGUUAUAAGCUUUUACCACCUUGUGUCCUUGUCCUUUGUUGUUUGUUAUUAUUGUCAACGUUAAUGGUGGUUUUGGUGCUGCUGUCAUUGAUUGGAACCAGUUCAAUGAUAAUCUUGUUCGUAAAAGGUAGAUGUCUAAUAAAGUAUUUUUAUAAUA